GUCCUCUCAGGGGUUAAUGCCGUAUUCCGCGCCGAGUGUCGCAAAGUCCGGCAUGGGGAGCGGAGAUCCCGGGCCGUAGAGGAGAAGGUUGCUAUGUCGGCUCUGGCAGCCCUCCUGGGCCGCUCCCCGAUCUCCCUCCUCGGCUGUCCGGGCCGUGCGAUCCUCAGGGGGCUCCGAGCCAGACACGUGAUCCGCCCCGGGACUGUCUCCGUACCGAGCCCGGCCUGUACACCGAUCACCGCCCGGAUCCCCGGCCUCGCCCGACCAUGCGCCCGGAUAUUGUAUGGAAGACACCGAUCCGACACCCCCCCGGGGGAGAAACCACCCGAGACCCGGGGAGAUCCCCUCCCCCACCACAGAGCCCUGUAUGAGAACCCCUGGACCAUCCCCAAUCUGCUGUCUAUGACCCGGAUCGGUCUGUCCCCUGUGCUGGGAUAUCUGGUUAUCGGACAGGAUUUUAACACCGCGCUCGCCGUGUUCGGUCUCGCUGGACUGACUGAUCUGCUGGAUGGAUACAUUGCACGGAAUUGGGCCAAUCAGAAGUCUGCGCUGGGGAGCGCUCUUGAUCCACUUGCUGACAAAAUCCUUAUCAGUGUCCUAUAUGUAUGUUUAACAUGUGCAAAUCUGAUUCCGGUUCCCCUAACCAUUAUGAUCAUUUUAAGAGACAUUGCCUUGAUUGCUGCUGUGUUUUAUGUUAGAUAUAAAACGCUGCCACCGCCUAGAACAGUUGGAAAAUAUUUUAACCCUUGCUAUGCAACUGCUCAGUUAGAGCCAACGUUUAUCAGUAAGAUGAACACUGCAGUUCAGUUAAUACUGGUAGCAGCUUCAUUAGCGGCUCCUGUGUUUAAUUAUGUGGAUAGUGUCUAUCUCCAGGUACUAUGGUGA